AUGUCAUGUUUUUCAGACCUUGCAACAAAAGUUGUGAGGGAUGAGGCAAACAUUGACACUUUCAUUAAAAGAAGAUCGAAAUGUGUUCAGAGAAAGAUUAAGUAUUUUGAAAAAGUUAGAAUCUAUCAUGCAUUUUCAAUGAAGGUAUUGUGCAAAACUGAGUGUCUUGGAAAGGCCUCUUUGAAAGCUAGAUCCUAGGGACUCUUUACACUGAAGAAAAACUAGUGAAAGGGAGGAAAUUGGCACUAAAUUGUCUACAAAUCCAGCUUAAAUCUAUGUUUACAUAGCUUAUAUGACAGCAAAGUUCACAAUGAGAAUCUUUACAACCCAUCCUGGCAGCAGUAACAAAAGAACAUAUUCUAUAUCAUGUACCUUUAAAUGGCAAAAAAGGGAUGUACAAAAGGAGUAAAGAUCAUGAAAAGUGGAUCAUUGAGGAUAGAAAUCCUAGUCCUAUCAAUAUUUGAUGUCCCUAUGACUUGUUUAGAAUUAGUAAUGAGUUUUGUCAAGUAUUACACAGUAGAGCUUGUGGACUGCAGAAGUGACAGUACAACAGACCUGUGGAGGACAACUCACCCAGGGUCCCUGUACGAGCAGAAGUAUGAUGACUACACAUCAUUGAGUUUCCAUGAGCGGAAGGAUCCCGUGAUGGAGUCAAAGCAAAGAAUCCCAAAAGGGGCAUUGGCACUGGCAUUGCUGGUCCUUCUAGGAUUCUACAAGGGAGCUUAUUCGAAAGUAAAUUGCCAGGAGGGAAAUGGCGUAUCCUACCGAGGAACAGUCUCUGUGACUGAAACAGGCAAGACGUGUCAGCGCUGGGACAGUCAGACGCCUCAUAAACACGACACGACACCCGCUAAAUAUCCGUCAUCAGGGCUGGAGGAGAACUACUGCCGGAAUCCGGACGGCUGGCACGAGAUUUGGUGCCUCACCAUGGAUCCCAACACCUGGUGGGAGCGUUGUGACAUACCAGACUGUGAUUACAAUUGGCUGCAGAGAUCCAGUGACUGGGCAAUUGACGCAACAGUAACACAGUGGCCCCAAGCUGCUGGUGCCGACAAAGUUCUUGACGGUAAUUAUUAUUCCCACUGGAACCCAAGUGGUCGAGGCCCGUGGUACAUCAUCUUCGACCUUGUUGGGCCUUACACACUUUCUAAGAUCGGCAUCACCAACAACGGAGACACAACCCAUGACAUUUCAAAGUUCCGGCUCCAAACAUCGGUAACGUCUGAUCCAUACAACUGGGAAGACGUGGUGACAGUAACAGAUGUGGCAGCUUCAUCUGAGUUACAGGAAUUUGGGGGCUUCUCCGCCACCGGUCGAUUCUGGAAAUUCAAUGCCACAGAAACAUAUGGGACCUGGCAGCCUUGGUUACGAGAGGUGAACUUCUUUGGAGCAAGGGCAGGAGCUGACAUGUGUGGACUGUCAACAUUUCGCCACGUCCCACAAACCGACUGUUACAGUGAUGACAAUUUGGCCAUCCACUAUGGUGUAACCCUCCAGUUCUGUGCAGUUGCCUGCUGUGCAGCGUCCUCAUGCCUGUCCUUUCAGUUCAACUCCGGCUCCAGCUGCUAUUUGAAAAGAAAGCUCUGCUCCGAUGAGGAGAAAGUGAGCACAGCAGUCGGGAACAUGUACGAUUGGUCUUUAGUAUCAACCCAAGCUGCAAGUGAUGGCCCGAGGAACAUAGCUCUUGGCAUGCCUGCUGCACAGUCAAGUACUAUCGCAGGCCUUGGUGCUGAGUUAGGUGUGGAUGGUGACAGAGGCAACUGCUUCCAUACUAAUAGCGACUCAAAUCCCUGGUGGCGUGUGGACCUCGUUUUAUCCCGGCGGAUUGAUCGGGUUGUCAUCUUCAACCGAAUGGACGGAUGGACCUGGCAGCGGCUUGAUGGCUUUAAUGUCUAUGUCGGAGAUAACGAAAGAGUCCAGGACAACCCAUUGUGUGCAGCCAAUCAGCCAGUACAGACCAAGGAAAGCAACUAUACCAUCAGCUGUUAUGGGCUGUUGGGGCAAUAUGUGGGGAUUCUCAUACCAAGAAGGGAGUACUUCCACUUGUGUGAAGUUGAGGUGUAUGAAGCCAGAGACAGGACCAAUCUUGCUUUGGGUCAGCCAGCUGAACAGUCAAUCACUGUUUACGGCAGUUUUGCACAUUUAGCUGUGGAUGGCAACAGAGAUGCAGUCUUUUAUCAUGGAUCUUGUACCCACACAUUGGAUGGGAGCAGCAAUUGGUGGCAUGUUGAUCUGGGCACCAGCUACUUUGUUGAUGAGGUGGUGGUGUUCAACCGGCUGGAUUGCUGCUUCACACGGCUGGAUAACUUCAUGGUACACGUCGGGGAUAAUCCAGUGGUGAUGCUGAACUCCCCGUGUGAGGCUCAACAAAGGGUAACAACAAACCAAGUUGGCUUUCCAGUGGACUGCAGAGGCCUGAGGGGUCGGUAUGUCGGGAUCCACCUCCCAGUCCAAGGGUCACUGACAUUGUGUGAAGUUGAAGUAUAUGGAGAAAUGGAUCCUUCCAGUACAAAGGAGUUCAUCAUAGCAUUUCCAGAGAAUUUUGAGUACAAGGAGGAUCAGACUACCAUGUUGUUCAUCACUGGUGCAAGGUCCACCCCUUCUUCUAUUGAGGUUGACGUUCCUUCCACUGGCUUUUUCACCUCCGUCAGUGUUACAUCCAGCGAGGUUGCUGUUGUUGAACUGCCCCGAGCUGGUGUGGAGCUGAAGGGAAGCCAGACGGGGAAAGAAGCUGUCUCAGUCAGAGCAGACAGCCCUAUCAUGGUGUACGGCAUGUCUCAUGAUACCUUCUCCGUAGAUGCUUUCCUGGCAUUGCCAACAGACGUCCUUGGAACUGAAUACUACGUCAUCUGUAGCGAACCAUCAUCUGAAAAGAUACAAGGAAAAACAACAGUUUAUCCCACAGAGUUCGUGGUGGUUGGCAUCCGGGAUGGAACCACUGUGAACAUUGUACCAACCCAGGAAGUAGAGUUCAAUGGUCAACACUACUCAGCCAGCCAGACGUUUACUAUCACUGUGGAUAGAAUGGACAGCUUACAAGUUCAGAGUGUUGAGGACCUGGCAGGGUCUAAGAUCACAUCCAGUGAGCCAGUUGCUGUACUUAGUGGCAAUUUUGCAGCCAUUAUUGGACAGGGUGCAACAACAAAAGACCAUCUUGUGGAGAUGAUCCCUCCUGUGGAAACCUGGGGCACAGAGUUUGCACUUGUUCCACUUGUCGGGAGAGAGGCUGGAGAUAUCUUCAGGGUCCUGGCUUCCCAAGACAACACACAGGUCAACCUGACAGGACAUGCCUCCGUUAUUCUACAUGCAGGGGAGUUUUGGGAGUUUGAUGUACCCUCAGACCAGUACAAGUACCUCACUGCCAGUAAACCUGCCUUAGUAGCACAAUACAGCAAGUCAAUGACAACUGACAACUCACUGAUUGAUCCAUUCAUGAUGAUUGUACCAUCUUUAAGCCAAUUUGCUGCUCGAUACACGUUUGUUGCGGCAGAAAUCCCAUCUGAGUCCCCCGGGACUCAACAUGUGAACAUCAUCAUUAAGGCUUCACACAGAGAUGACCUUCGUAUGGACGGCAUGCCGCUGUCUUCUGAUACAGCAUGGGCCGGGAUACCAGGAACAAACUUGUCUGCUGCACGCAUCACCGUCACAAGUGGUGCCCACAUGUUGAAUCAUGCUUCUCCUCUCGUCACUUUUGGCAUUACUGUCUAUGGCUACCGUCAACAAUCUCCACUGUGGUCCUACGGUUAUCCUGGAGGCCUCAACCUGAAUGUGGCGUGCAUCAGAACUCUGCAGGUUGCUGGUGAUGGCAUUGACAAUGACUGCGAUCAGUUUGUUGAUGAGGAGAUUCCCAAUGGGAUAGAUGAUGAUGGUGAUGGGUGGAUUGAUGAAGAUGUACCAGUUGCUGUGAUAGGCUGCGAUGAACCAAUGGGCAUGGAGUCGGGACUCAUACAAGAGGAGAGUAUCACUGCUUCAACUGAACUCACACAUGAUAUGAGGGCUUCUAAAGCAAGGCUCAACACACAAAUGGAUGCCAAUGGCGCUGGAUCAUGGGCGAGUGGACAAACAGACGGAAAUCAAUGGCUACAGGUUGACUUGGGCAGGAUGCGCACCAUCGCAGGUGUCAUCACGCAGGGGCGGAAUGGUGUUGCACAAUGGGUCACCUCAUACAAGCUGCAACAUGGUGUCUAUGAGAAUCAUCUCACUACAAUUGUAGAUCUGUCUAAUGGCUUAGACAAGAUUUUUCCGGCAAACGAUGACAGUGGUACCAAGGUAACAAACGUCCUGGAUGAAAUGAUUACAACCCGGUAUGUGCGCUUCCGACCGCUUACAUGGCAUGGCUGGAUAGCUAUGAGGGUGGAAAUCCUUGGCUGUCGGGAUGAAACACCAGACCCCCGAUGCCCACCGGAGUACAAGCGAUUCCGCUCAGUUUGCUACCAGGCUGUUGAUACCCAGCUGAGCUUUGAUGAGGCAGAGAGACAUUGUGUGGACAAUGGAGCUGUCCUUGCCAUGCCACAUGACACUGAGACUGUUCAAUUCUUGAUUAGCCUGAAAAAUUCCGUGAAUCCUAACUCAUUGUUCUGGAUUGGGCUGAGUGACCGUUUAGAACCGGGAGUUUUUAAGUGGAAUGAUGGUAAUAGGUUACAACCCAGUGAAACUAACUGGCAUCCAGGAGAACCUUCCAUCACUUGGAGUGGUGAAAACUGUGUACUUUACUUGUCGAAUACUUCUUCCAAUCUAUGGGUUGACCAACAUUGUACAACACAGCUUGCCAGUUACAUCUGUGAAGUACCUGCACACUGUCCGUUUAUAACUGUAAGUGGUCUGGCUGGUGACAGUGCCAGCAGAAUGGGGACUUACAUGCUUACCAACAUGGUCGCAGCCGAUCGCCCAGUCUACAAACACUUGACACAUGAUCAGUACAUUUAUGCCACUUAUGACUCUAACCGCCCCCGUCCCGCGUCAUGGUACAUUGGACAAGACGUUGGUGCUUUUCGUGGCUGUCCGUUAGAUUACACCCACACCCAAGGAAGAUGUUGGCAGAUCCACAGGGAGGCAGUGACCUACUCCACAGCAUUAGCAACCUGUGCUGCCGAGGGUGGUGUCCUCAUGAUGCCAACAAAUUCUGAGCUGAAUGGAGCACUAGAAACUCUAGUUAGGGAUGAACGUGAAAGCUAUUGGAUUGGGUUGACGGAUCCAGGGGAUGGUGGGCGGUGGACUUGGACGGAUGGUUCUGUGUUGGGAGAUAGGGAUUGUAAUAAGUGGAGGUACAGUUGGUAA